AUGCCCGAGAACGAAGAAUAUGCUCGAAUCAUUCCAUUCAACAACGAUGAAAGCGAGUUGACUAUAUUCCAAGAGACAGUAACUGAUGUCGGCGGUGUUAUUUGGGAUAGCGCACUGAUGACAAUUCAUUAUUUUUUUAAACAUCCUGCAAAGUUUGAAGGCAAGAAAGUAUUGGAACUAGGAAGUGGGACUGGAGUCUGCGGAAUCGCUCUUGCCGCCCUAGGAGCCGAUGUAAUUAUAACGGAUCUUCCCGAACGAAUUCCUUUACUUGAGAAAAACUUGGCGGCUAAUAAGCAUUUGACCGGUAAUCGCAUCAAGGUUGAAGUACUGGAUUGGAUGACAGACAAAACCCCCGAUGGCCUCGAUUUGGUUCUAGCUGUGGAUUGUGUGUACUACAAUAGUACUAUAACACCACUUAUAGAUCUCCUGAAAAACUGCGAUGCCAAGGAAAUCAUUGUUGUGAGCGAAGAAAGGGAUAUUGGAGAAGCAUCUGUCGCACAGAAGACAUUUUUCAAGAAUAUCACAGAGUUCUUCCAACUGGUUCCUAUUUCUCAAAAGGAACUCGAUCCUGAUUACUGUGCAAACGACAUAAUUAUUCGAAAACUGAUAAGAAAUAUCUAG